AUGAACAUUUAUGCCGAAGAUCGUUUGGUGCAGUUGAAACCAAAAUUCACGCCCGAAAAGCCGAAAGUGUCCGUACGUCCAAAACAUAAAAGCAGCGAUUGCUCCAGCGAGGAAAUCGAGGAUGAUAAUUUCUGUUCCAAGGAGGCUGCAAAGAAAAGUUGUAAAUAUUAUUUGCAAAAUACCACCUUGCAUGGCCUGAAAUACAUUGCGGAGGACAAAACUACUUUGCCCGAGAGAGUGUUUUUUGGUCUGUCUUUUAUUGGUGUGGUUAUAUUAUCCGGUUACUUUAUAUCCAAUGUCUAUGUUAAAUGGUCUGCAUCACCGAUAAUAAUUUCGACAAGUGCCAAACAAACACUGGCCAGCGAUGUACCCUUCCCAGCAAUAACCAUAUGUAACCUUAAUCAGGCAUCCAAAAGCAAAGUGCAAGGCAUUCCGACUAUUUACGCAUUUCCAUUGAAGCAUCCUCUUCUUAAUGUGUCACAGGUGGCACAGCCCUGCGAUGAAAUGCUUUUGUACUGCAGCUAUGGAGCGAAGCAAGAGAACUGCUCAGUGAUCUUCAACUCUGCCUUAACUGACGAUGGCUUAUGUUGCACAUUUAAUGCGCUGGAUCCAAUUUUUAUGCAACGAAAUUUUAGCGAUGAAGACCGCAUCUCGCCAAAAUCGUCUAACCAUUUUGUACCGAUGGACUGGACACCCGAAAAGGGUUACAAUGCUGAUCUGCCGAAAAAUUAUUAUCCACGUGUAUCGGGUGGUACGGGAAGUCGGCUAGGUCUAACUGUUGUCUUAAACUCUUCAGCAUCAGAGUAUUACUGCACGAAAUCUAAGAGUGUUGGCUUCAAGAUUUUGGUGCAUAAUCCCGCCGAACUACCCAGGGUAACUAAUUAUGGAUUUUUAGUGACCGCCGGACGAGAAGCACGCAUUCCAAUCGAACCGAUUUAUGAGAACGCUGUUCCUGGCAUUCGUUCCAUACGCAAGGAGAAAAGGCGUUGCCUUUUUUCCGACGAAGGUGACUUAACCUACUACCGCACAUAUUCGCGCAGGAAUUGCGAAAUCGAGUGCGAAGCGAAAAUUCUGAUUGAUAAAUGCGACUGUGUCCUUUACUAUUUGCCACGCAUUAAUGCCUCAGCACGUAUUUGUGGACCCAAUGACAAUGCGUGCACGAAUGAGAUACAAACGCAAAUCGAGUCGUCGGAUAAAAAAGUGACUUGCGCCAAUUGCUGGCCGGCUUGCUUUGAACUGAGCUACAGGGCAACCGUUACGUCGACGACAAUCGCUUAUGGACAAUUCUUGACAGCCGAUGAGUGGCCACCCGAGUUAUUCAGUUCGGCUACAAACUUUUCUGAGAUAUCCAUAGUGAACUUUUAUUAUGUAUCAAGUAUAUUGCGCAGCACUACGAAGUCAGAGAUGUUCGGCUUCACUGAGUUUCUUUCCAACACUGGUGGUCUAUUGGGCUUAUUCAUGGGAUUUAGUAUCUUCUCCAUUAUCGAAAUAGUGUAUUACGUCACUUUGCGCCCAUAUUGCGCCAGCCGCAACAUGCAAAUGUCUCGUCGCCGUCGUCAUAACAACGUAAAAUGGCUGCGCGCUCUUCGAAGCAGAGUUAAACCGGCGAAAUAUGAGGGCUCCUCCAAAUUUUGGGUGAAUGAGAUUCAACAGAAGAAGGUCAUGAAUUACAAAAACUACCGAAAUAAUUUAAAUCAUAUCUUACUACAACACAAACAAGUUCUACAAAACAAUGAUGGCGUACCAAUGUACCCCUAUUUGGAGUAA